AUGCUAGAGGUACACACUCAGGUGUAUGGAACAGGAAGGAUGCAGAAAUUUCCCGAGAAUGAUUUCAAAAGUCUGUACGAAGAGGUGAUGAUGGCUCUUGGGUUUACUCACGAUCCGUUUACUGGGGUCAAGAAAAAUGGCGACCUCUUUUAUGGCUGGCAUCAGUACUAUAGUAACACCGACUGCAUCUGGAUGGCAAUUGAGUAUCACCCAGCAUGAAAUUCUAAUUUUUUAAUACUGAUGAGCAAGACUACUUUGAAAAGAAUUGAUUCCUAAUUAUUGAUAUUGAUAAUCAAGACUCCCGAUUUCAUAACACAGUCAAAUCAAAUUAACAUCCUUAUACCAGCCCUAGGGUACUGGGGAUUAAUAUCUCCUCACUCUCACCAACUAAGGAAGGCUUGGCAUUCGGGUCGUGAUAUACUGACACCUCCGUGAUAUCUUGAGUUGUCUUUUUGAGUGAAUUGAAGUACAUGCAACGAACGGCGGAAUGGCACCCAACUCGAAACAGCCUCUCAAUUUUUCCAAGUUUCUAAAGUCGAAGUGGCUCACGGACGCUCAAGAUUUUGAAGUUAAGAAACCCACUAUCGUUGUAAACAUUUCCAACUCGGAGGCAAUUAUUUCAGGGUCGCCACCGCACAAGGUUUUACGACCAAGAAAGUCGACCAUUCUUCGAGGUAAUUUGCGAGCCUUACUUUUGUAUGUAAUAAAAUGUCCAUCAGACCGUUACCCUUUAAAUUUAUAACAUUUAUUUACUAUGGUUAUAUUACGUUAGUAUAUUUUUCAAUGUUUUUGCGUGCCAUAUGCAAAUUUUUUACCUUACAUACGUGUCGUACUUGUUUUUGUUAUCGUGCUUUUUUGGUUUGUAAAUUCUUUGAGGAACUCGAAACAAACAUUUUAACGUGGAAAAGCCCUCUUUUCUCUCGACAUAGAGAUUCCCAAGCUCUCUUUUUCUUGACUUAGGGACAAUUUUCUUCCCGUUGCGUGACAUGUAUACAUUACAUUUCAUCACCGGGCUGGAAGCAACAUGAGAGGACAAAGGAACGUGGAUGAUAUGCGUGUAAAUUUUAGUUCCGCAUGGAAAGCCAAUAUUUUUACCCAUACGGGUAUUGCUAAUAGGGUGUUGCGUGAAGAAAUAUCUGGUUUAAAAAAAAAAAAACAUACUGUGUCGAAGACAACAUUCUAGUGUUUGUCAACAUAUUUAGUGAUGUUAAAUUUAAAUUUGAUUGUCUGUUCUAGCAUGAUCUCCCCCACCCCCACCUCCGAGCCCGAGAGGAUUUACUAAGAAGUAGAAACACAGCUAUCUCAAGAAUAGUCCUAAGACGGUAGGGUAGCUGUAAAUCCUUUGNAAAAAAAAAAAAACAUACUGUGUCGAAGACAACAUUCUAGUGUUUGUCAACAUAUUUAGUGAUGUUAAAUUUAAAUUUGAUUGUCUGUUCUAGCAUGAUCUCCCCCACCCCCACCUCCGAGCCCGAGAGGAUUUACUAAGAAGUAGAAACACAGCUAUCUCAAGAAUCGUCCUAAGACGGUAGGGUAGCUGUAAAAAAACGACUUGCAAUUCGGUCAUGACUUGGCAUUAAAUGUCGCAAAAGUUGACAAAAGAGUCGUUUAAUUUAUGGAUGAAUUUGUGACAUUUUUGUGAAACUACACUUAUUGCUAUGCGUUGUCGUCGCGUGAGCGUCCUAAAACGUCCAUCGAAGGAGCUGUAUCUCCGAGAACUAGUAAAAACUAUAGAAAAAAAAUAAACUAUUAUAUACAACGGUUCAAGACCUUUCGCAGUGCAAUUUGUGGGCCACUCAUUGAAAACUCAGGUUCACAGAAGAUAACCAAGGUCACAACACAAAACCAAUAUUUGUUUGAUUAACCUGCUAUGUCAUUUGCAUGAGCUCCAACCAAUCAUCUCGCAAUAAAACGGAAAAAAAAUGCCGUGCUUCGUUUCGCCUUCUCUUCCACCGUUUUAAAGGCUCAACAAAGAAACAACGAGGGGCAAAAGAGUAUUAAAGAGUUGAGUCCUUUAUCCCUUCCAUUCUCCCUUCCUUGGUAGAGGUUCUGGUUUGUUUCUGUGCCAGUUUCGCCAUGUAUUUACACUAGAAGGGAACUCUGUAACAUAUCUGUAUUAUAAGGCGCGUUCACACCGGGAGCAGUUGAUUAAUCCACUCUUGUUCACGCUUGUUGUUAGACGGACCGCGUCCAUUUUAUAACCAACACGACUUGAACUGUUUAAUUGUAACAUUGUUUUACUAAGGUGUGAAGAUCGUCAGUGGAGAGUCUCUUGUCCUGAUUAAGCUCCCGGACGAAGACAAUCUUGGUGGCGUCAUCCUUGAUGAAGGAUGGUACCAGCUGUCAGCCCAGGACUCGACUUACCCACGUGAUGUACCGCUGUACAAAUCCCCUCAAUUUGAAGUGGGAACAGUGGAAUUUGAUCCCUGCAUAGUGACUGGAACAAAGAAACCCAGCCAAGAAUGUGGUGUUACAAAGUACAACAUCAAGGUAAACGUCUGGUUUAGCCCUGCUAAGACCCACUGCGGAAUUCAUAAUCACCACACAGACCCAGAGAUGCUGGAGGUACACACUCAGGUGUACGGAACAGGAAGGAUGCAGAAAUUUCACAAGAAUGAUUUCAAAAGUCUGUACGAAGAGGUGAUGAUGGCUCCUGGGUUUACUCACGAUCCGUUUACUGGGGUCAAGAAAAAUGGCGACCUCUUUUAUGGCUGGCAUCAGUACUAUAGUGACACCGACUGCAUCUGGAUGGCAAUUGAGUAUCACCCAGCAUGA